AUGACAUUUCCCUUCCCAUACUCCUUGCUAAAGGCUUUUGGGGACGCACCAGACGUGCCAGCUUUUGAGUAUGGCUCGCGCGUGUUCGGGCGAGGCGAAAUCCUAGGUCUCGUUGCUCGUUAUGUUAGUGGGCUACGUGCUGCUGAAGCCAGCCUUAGUCCUAGCAAUAGUAUCGCAAUAUACACAGGCGUUACACCAAAUGGCUUCGCUGUACAAAUAGCAGCACACGUCUUAGGUCUCCGGGUUAUCAGUCUAAAACCCGGGAUCGAUAAGAUACAACUACCCGUCAUUGUUGCCGAUGCGAAACUCCUAAUAGUUGACGAAUACACUUGUGCCGAGAUCGAGUCUUCGCCGCCGGUAAAACCAGCCGUGGUCAAACUGGAAAACUUACUAGGGGAUACCAGUACACUAACACCACAGGGAUGUCUAGAAGACACUGCUCUGGUCCUAUUUACCAGCGGGACUACAGGUGGACCGAAGGGUGUCGAGUGCACUUACGCAGCGCUGACCGCGUCCUGGGCGUGGCAACGCUCCGCCUGGGACUCAGAUACGGAACUGAUGGCCUCGAGAUAUGGCCGUUUUCUUCUAUUCGGCACGCUCGCUAGCACCGUCAUGUUCGAGCACCUCGGCCUAUGCCUCACCAGUGGCGGGACGGCAGUGAUACCUACCACGCCUUUGCCGCUUCUCAGGUUCCCUCAAGUCCUGUGUGAUCUUCGAAUUUCCGCUGUGCUUUUCACCGUACCGCGGCUAUACCACGUUCUUGAACUUAUUAAUUCGGACGCGUCAAAUUUCGAUUUAAGCUAUCUCCGCUCCGUAGUUGUUUCUGGUUCACCGCUGCCAGCGCAGAAGCUACGUGCUGCGAUACAAACUCUUGGGGACGUUGUAUUUAACGGUUAUGGUAUGUCGGAGACGGGAUUAGUGUGUCUACUCUCCGCGGCUGACAUCGCAAUGUACCCUGAUGCCAUAAAUGCCGUCGGUCGACCCUUUACAGGUGUUCAGAUUCAAAUACGGGAUGAUAUCGGGGCUUCGCUCCCCCUUAAUACGGUCGGACAUGUGUGGGUACGCAGUCUCGGCGCAUUCAAUGGCUAUACGAACGAAGAGUCGUUAUCCGUCCUCGACUCUAGUGGCUGGAUAUGGACGCGAGAUUUGGGCUUACUUGACAGCCGGGGCUUUUUAUAUCUAACAGGACGGGCGCGGGAAAUUGUUAUCAUUAACGCCGAUGUAUACUACGUCGGCGCGAUCGAGCACGCGCUUUUAUCUCACCCAGAUGUAGACGCCGCGUAUGUCGUAAGUAUUCCGGACAAUAACACGGGCGAGGCCGCUGUCGCAUUUAUUAAAAUGGUUAAGGGUCGUGUCUCUGAUCUUAGUUCUCUUCGGGAGUUGGUCAAGGAGAAAGUCAGUCCCGCCGCGGUUCCGGUGACCUUUGUAGCAAUAGAUUCGGUCCCAAUAGCCCCAAGCGGGAAGCCUGAUAAACAGGCGCUUAUAGGUCUAAUAUCUAAAACCAAGUCGUAG